AUAAUAUUGAUUUCAUUUCACGUUUGAUUUGAUUAAAGUCCCAUCCCAGGGAUACAAAGUUUCAGACAAGGAGAGAAUGGCAAAAAGUAAGGAUGAUAUUAAGUACGGAACUGCACAGGCAAAGCUAUCAGACGAUGAAGCUGUAAGGGUUAGAUACAAGCAUGGCACCCCACUUGAAGGUGGGAAGAUUGCUGACUCUGAGCCUGUUGAUCUCUUUUCAAGUGCUCAUAAUAUUUCCAGUAAUCCUUCUGACGACUCCACCUCCACCCAUCAAUCUCAGUUGAACAACAACCAAAAUGACUUCGGAGGAAAUACUUCUAAUCCCGCUUCCACCACCACCACCACCACCACUGGCUGAGUAUUAAGAGUCUUGCACUUUGAGCUUAUGUAGUUCAUGUUGUAAUCAAACAUCUUUGACAGAGAGAUUACUACUCCUAGUCAUUAAUGAAAGUGUUGGUUUUUAUGUAGCCUUCCAAAGUAAGCAGCAUGUUGCUGUGUUCGUUCUCUUUUGGGUAAAUCGACCAGAAUAGAUUGUAUUGCUCAAUAAGAUACCGAUAUUGAUAAGAAAACUAAUAGAACGAGGCUUGCAAAAGCACCGUCUUUCAGAAUAA